CUCUUUCUCUUCUCUCUCUUCUCAUGAACAUAAUUUUCAUUUUUAUUUUCCCCUUUUAAACCUUUUUUUUUUUUUAAGCAGUUGUAUUAAAAACACACACACACACACACACAACCCGCAGAUUACAUAUAAAACGAAAGCCUUUUUUUUUUUUUUAACCUCUUUCAUUUUUUCAAAAAUCUGCCCAAAAAUUUAAACGCGAUAUACCUCAGCAUAACGUCCCUCUCCUUCGCGCCACAGCCUCCGAGCUAUGGCGGCUCAGGUCGAGACCACUCAUCAACAGCAGCAGCAGCAGAGCGGUGGUGGUGGUGCUGGAGGCGGAGCAGGCGGCGGCGGCGGCGGUGUAGUUGCUGCUGCUUCUACCGAUGCUUCCUUCACUGCCGGUGACCCUAAUUCCGCGGAUACCGUGGAGGAGGAAAUCGAGAAAACUAGGACUUUGAUUUGUGCGCUCAAUUUCUUAUCUCGUAACCUCCCCCUCCCGCAAGAUGUGUUUGAGGCUGUGUCUUCAAUCUACCACGAGGAGGAAGACGGCGCCGCUGAUGCCGCGGCGGAGGAUGUGGAGGAUGAUAAUGACGCUGCCGGGCGUGAAGUCAACAAUCAAAACGACGGUUCCGAAGUUGUUGGUGGUGGCGGGGUUGGAUCGAGUUCGGUUGCUGCUGAGAAGUCUCCGGCCAAAGAUGGUUCUGGAAUGUCAAGCUAUGGGGAUUUGAUGGCAGACUUUGAGGUAGCAGUGCUAAAGCAGCGGCAAACUUGUCUGUCAGGUUCUGAACUGGCUGAAGUAAAAGAAAAUCGUUUCCAAAGCCACAUUCAUCGGCGUCUGAUUGAACUUGAAGAACUCCCAGCAAGUAGGGGCGAGGACAUGCAGUCAAAGUGCUUACUCGAACUAUAUGGACUAAAGUUAGCAGACCUGCAGAAAAAAAUAAGAACUGAAGUAAGUGCAGAAUAUUGGCUUCGUUUACAGUGUGCCAAUCCAGAGAAUCAAUUGUUUGAUUGGGGCAUGAUGCGAUUACGUCGUCCUUUAUAUGGAAUUGGUGAUGCUUUUGCUAUUGAUGCUGAAGAUCCCCAGAAAAAGAAACGUGACGUUGAGAGAUGGUCAAGGUUUGAAGAAGAGAAAAAGGUCCUUGAAGAAUCUGCUCUUCGUAAAUUUUUUGCAGAUUUAAUGAAUACUUUUCGUGAAUUACAAUUGCAAGUACAGGCUGCUCAAAGAAGGCGGAAACAACGGAAUGACGGUGUUCAGGCAUGGCAUGGAAAACAAAGGCAAAGAGCUUCAAGGGCAGAGCAAAGGAGAUUCCUAGCUCUGAAAAAUGACGAUCAAGAAGCUUACUAUAAAAUGGUUGAGGAGAGCAAGAAUGAAAGAUUGACUGCGCUUCUUGAGAAAACUAAUGAGCUUCUAGGUACUCUGGGAGCUGCUGUUCAGCUUCAGAAAAAAAAUGCUGAUAAUGUGGGUUCUGAAUUGCAAGGCUCAGAUGUUGGCAUACCUGAGUUGUCUGCUUCAAAGGCUGAAACUCCAGCGGAGGAAGAAAAGGAUGCUGUUGAUGAAUCUGAUGAUGAAGUAAAGAAAGGUGAUUUGCUUGAAGGUCAAAGGCAGUAUAACUCAGCUGUCCAUUCAAUUAAAGAGAAGGUCACAGAGCAACCGGCCAUGCUUCAGGGGGGAGAAUUAAGAUCAUAUCAGUUAGAAGGGCUCCAGUGGAUGCUGUCUUUGUUCAAUAACAAUCUGAAUGGAAUUUUAGCUGAUGAAAUGGGGUUGGGCAAGACAAUUCAAACAAUUUCUUUGAUUGCAUAUCUCAUGGAAAAUAAAGGGGUGACUGGGCCCCACCUGAUUGUUGCCCCGAAAGCUGUGCUACCUAAUUGGAUUAAUGAAUUUGCAACCUGGGCUCCAAGUAUUGUUGCUGUUCUAUAUGAUGGGCGACGAGAUGAAAGGAGGGCAAUCAGAGAAGAGUAUUCUGGAGAAGGGAAGUUUAAUGUGAUGAUUACCCAUUAUGACCUUAUUAUGAGGGAUAAGACGUAUUUGAGGAAAAUUCACUGGUACUACAUGGUCGUGGAUGAAGGACAUCGACUUAAAAACCAUGACUCUGUCCUUGCACAAACUAUUGUUAAUGGCUACAAUAUAAGAAGGAGACUCCUGCUGACUGGUACCCCCAUUCAGAAUAGCUUGCAGGAACUUUGGUCUCUCCUUAAUUUUCUGCUUCCCAACAUUUUUAAUUCAAUUGAAAAUUUUGAGGAGUGGUUCAAUGCCCCUUUUAUGGAUAAAAAAACCAGUAUCGCUCUAACAGAAGAGGAAGAACUCUUGAUUAUUCGGCGAUUGCACCAAGUUAUAAGGCCAUUCAUAUUGCGAAGGAGGAAAGACGAAGUGGAGAAGUUCCUUCCGGGAAAGACACAGGUCGUGCUAAAAUGUGACAUGUCAGCAUGGCAAAGGAUAUAUUAUCAGCAAGUCACAGACGUGGGGAGAGUCGGACUGGAUAGUGGAAAAGCAAAGAGCCUACAGAACCUUACCAUGCAUCUCAGAAAAUGUUGCAAUCAUCCAUAUCUUUUUGUAAAUAAUAUUUUUGACUAUCGGGACAAGGGGGAUGAGAUAUUUAGAGCAUCGGGAAAGUUUGAGCUCCUGGACCGCUUACUACCUAAAUUACGCAGAGCUGGGCAUAGAGUCCUCCUUUUUUCACAAAUGACUAAACUCAUGGACAUUCUUGGAGCCUAUUUAGAGAUUCAUGGAUAUAAAUUCCUUAGACUCGAUGGGUCGACAAAAACUGAGGAAAGGGGGAAUUUACUGCGGCGAUUCAAUGAUCCAGAUUCUCCUUAUUUCAUGUUUCUCCUGAGCACACGUGCUGGAGGACUUGGUUUGAAUCUACAGUCAGCGGAUACAGUAAUAAUGUUUGACAGUGAUUGGAACCCACAAAUGGAUCAACAGGCAGAGGAUCGAGCUCAUCGUAUUGGCCAAAAGAAGGAGGUCAGGGUCUUUGUGUUGGUGAGUGUUGGAUCAAUUGAAGAAGUCAUCUUGGAGCGUGCCAAACAAAAGAUGGGGAUAGAUGCGAAAGUUAUUCAAGCAGGAUUAUUUAAUACGACUUCCACAGCUCAAGAUAGGAGAGAGCUGCUGGAAGAGAUCAUGCGCAAGGGUACUAGUUCAUUAGGGACAGAUGUACCUAGUGAGAGAGAAAUUAAUCGCCUUGCAGCUCGAUCAGAUGAGGAGUUUUGGCUUUUCGAGAAGAUGGAUGAGGAGAGAAGAAGAAAGGAGGGGUACAGAAUCCGUCUUAUGGAAGAGCAUGAGGUACCAGAAUGGGUGUAUGGAACUGCAGCAAAUGAGCGCAAGGAGGAUGGAUAUGAUGGUGAAUCUUCUAAUGUCAGCGGAAAACGGAGAAGGAAAGGGGUAGUUUAUGCUGAUACAAUAAGUGAGCAAGAGUUUGUAAAGGCUGUUGAGAUUAAAGGCACAUCUAAACACUCGGCAAAAGGCAAAAAGAAGAAAGGGCACAUUCCAGUAAUAAAUCAGCAAUUGGCAACUGAAGAUGCUGAAGGCAACAAAAAUACACACAGCCUACAUGCCGUGCCCAUCGCCACUGAAACAUUAAGAAAUAACAAGACAUUUGGAUCAACCUCAACCCCUAAGAGAUCGCGAUCAGAAGCUCAGGUUUCUCCUGAGGAAGGGCGUGAGGAAAAAAAAGGAGGGUUGGUCUUGACUUGGAAGCCAGCAAAGAAGAAGAGGUCGAGCUUGGCACCCUGAUGUUGUAAUUGUUUCGAGAAUAAAAGAUCUGCUUAACCAGCAGAUAGGAAGAUAUGAUCAGGGGCCAUUGAAGAUGUGCUCUAUAUGAUGUAAACCCCCCUCCUCUCUCCCAUGUGAUAGUGGCAGGCUAGCAGUUAUUAGUUUACCAUCUUGUAUUUUGCUUCUUUUCUUCUUUACCUUAAUCAUGCAGGCUGCCCCGUCGCUGAUUUUGACCGUUUCGUAAGCCAGAAGAGGCAACCAUUAUUGAUUAAAGUUUGGUAAAUAGGAGGUUUUUUGUAUUGUUAAACAUGUUUCUAUUGCCAUUUCGUAAGUGUAUUGGUUGUAGAUUAAACCUAC